CGAUUCGCAGAAGGAAAGAAGCGCGCGCCUCUCUUCGCAACCCGGUGCCCUACUCUGCUCCGGCCGCCGGCACUCCGUCGCUUCCCAACAAGGAGCGCGUGCCCACGAGAGACUCACGGUUCCAAGGCCUUUCGUCAUUGGCGCCUUCUCCGCAGCGGCGUAUUUUCCGAGCCCGCUGAGAUCAAGACUGCCCGGCGCGAACAGCAACACGCGAGCGAACCGUCGUUCGAAGCGUCACCGCCGACCAGUCAAGCAAGAACGCUCGGCUAAUCUACUCCGGUGUUUGCGAAACCGAAUCCAAGAGCGUGUGCGUGUGUGUAACAACGCCGAGUGAAACGUGCAGGCAUUCGGACUCCGCGCCUCAAGUUGCCGCCCACCACCGCCGCCAUUGCAGACACCGGGCCGCUCUGUGUCGUCUGCCAGCCGGUGCGGCAAGCGGUGUAGGUUUGCGGGACGCAUUCUAUUUCUAGGCGUUCGCGGCCGUGGUGCUCGGUCUCCCGUCGUCGUCGUCGUCGUGUGCGAGCGCCUGCCCGUGUUGCGAAGCCAUGGCUGCGAAACCGGUGGUUGUGUCUGUUGUGGCGCUCGUUAUGGUCGCCGCCAUGUUGUUGGUGUGUGCCCCACGUGACGCAGCAGCUGACUCCAGUGGCCUCAUCAAGUACCUGGGCUGCUUCCAGAAGCUGGCAGACUCCAGCGGCGCCUGCGGGAAAAGGAAGUCAGAGUUCAGCGCGUUGGAGCAGGCAUUCGGCGUUGACCACAAGCACAAGUCGGACAGAGAGAAGAAGGGUCUCUGCUGUAAGUUCUCGAGUUACGUCGACUGCUACAUGAAGAACGUGCGGCAUAGCUGCGGCGACUCGGCCGGCAAGUACGCGCUCAAGUUCAUCGAGUCGUCGACCCAGAAGCACGUGCGCAACACGUGCCACAAGUUCGACAACCGCAAGUGCAGCUCGGCGUUCUCCGUGUCGCCGUCCAGCCUGGUCGUGCUGGGCGUCUCGUCGGCCGUGCUAGUCUUCUCCCUGCUGUUGUGAUGACGCUUGCCGUGAAAAAGUGUAGAUAGGCUAAGCUUUAUAGUGGCCUCCGAGAUCACCGCGCCCGUCUGAGAUCUCGGGGGCCGUGCCUUCACUUGACGCUCGGCGGAGGCCGCCGCCGCCACCUUGCAAAAAGCGCGAGGCUGGCGCCAACGUGUCUCUUUACCAUUGCCCCCGAGAUCCCCGCGUGCGUUAGACGUCUCGGAUGCUACUGCAUUACUUAUCGCUCAAUGGGGGCCGCCAUCUUGAGAAAACACUGGACUGACAACGUAGCCUGCGUCACGACGAGCGGACACUGGGAUGUUGCAAGCGUUUGUCAUGACUGAUGCAAAUCGGGGGGGGGGGGGGGGGGGGUUGGAUAUUAGUUCAUAUAAGUGAAAGCACACUUGUGGUUCCACAUAGGCUCAGUUUUUGUUUCAUCCAUCCACAGCGCACUAAUACAAUAAAGUUUAGCAGCAACUAUAGAAUCCGUAAAUGAUAUGCUUUCUAGAACAUUAACGUAACGGCCGUGUUGUUCUCAAACUGGGCUAUACUUUCGCAUUCAGCAUGCGCAAUUUAUUUAUUGACACGGCAUGCUGCUUUGUUUUGGUACGCUAUUGCAAUGAUACAGAGUUCAUGUUGGUAUGCUAACGGUGCUGUCGAAAUAUCCCAUUGGAUCGAGCUGAAUUUCUGACCCGGGUAGUCGUCUUGGGGUCAAAACAUGCGGCCUGUGCGCACGUGAAUCAAGUGCAUUGCUAUGCUCUCGACGGCGCAAUCUUAAAGAUCUCCCGCUAAACUUCAGACAGAUGCUUGAGAGGGUACUGAUUUGAGCGAGCUGGGAACUGCGAAUCCAUGGAUGGCUGGCUUUCAGGGCAGAUGUACACAAAAACACGGGAACGAAAAAACGGCGCUCUGUGCACUAUUUUUUCGUACCCACAUUUUUGGGUGAUUCUACACUGAAACCCUGCCACAUGUGAGAAGCCUUUGUUGUAGGCCUAUCGGUUGGUAGACGUCAAGCCUUGAGCCGUGCGAGCAGCGCAACGAUUCAAGAUGGCGGCGUCGAUCGAGCUCCCCCUCUUUCGGGCAGACUAUGCGGUCUCCCUAGCUUCUAGCUGCCAUUUUUAUGCGAGUGUUUGUCUUCCUUAACUUCUGUCGUCUGUGAGUGUAACACCUUGUUAAACAGUUGGUUCGAAGAAGCUCUCUACUGCCAUAAUUCAUGAAUAGCAGCCCGUAUUAAGCGCGAGCAAUGCGGAACGAAAGUGGAAGCACGUUUGUUCCAAGCUUUCGUAUCUGCUUCUGCUCAGCGCAUUUUCAUUGGAAGCAGUGGCUUUCUCAUGCUGUAGAAACGGUAAAUUCGAAAUCACUGCAAGCUAUUAAGGGCACUAUUGCUGAUCGGUGCUCUACACGUUAUUGAUUUGCCAACGGCCCAUGAUAGCGAAAGGGAGUUUUAGCUGAACGCGUAUUGCACUCCGCCGACUGCGCUCCGGUUAAGCGAGAACGAACGCGCGCAUAUGCUAGCACAGAGAGGUGGUGUUCAGUGCACGUAAGUGCGCGUGCGCAGAGCACCCUGCUGUGCAGCCAACCGUGGAUGUCAUGAAGGCAUUGUCUUGACACCCUGAGAAGAUGCGAGAGUGCCGGGCGCGUAGCUAAAACUCGCAAAGACAGAAACAUGUGUGUCGACCCUCAUGUUUCAAACAUUGCACGGGUGAGUGCAUACAGGACGUACAGGUUACCGAGGUUAUAAGUCUCUCGGCUGUAAACAUGUAAUCGUGUUCGCCGACAUUAAGACGGUGGCGUCGGUGUAGUGUUUAAGGUAAUGACGUCAUCCUUGCUUACGUUGGUGAAUCAAGAUGUGCGGCUGAGCCUAGUGGGGUCAAUCUCGCUAUCGUCCAACAUUAACAGCUUGAUAGCAGCUGUCAAGGCCAUCCACAGGCUGCAGGUAGACGUUGAGUGCAGUGCAGUAAUGCCAUGCUUGCCUUAAUUUUGAGGCAUAAUUUCCAUUAAAAAAAAAAAAUACUUCAGACGUCUUGAUAUCUCUACGGCAGGUAAUAGCUACACAUAGUCAUAAUGUGAAUCGUCUGUUCCCCUCCAUGACAUUUAGAUUUUACGAAGGAUUGUUUAACGCUUUAACGAUGCGAACAAUAUAUUUAUGUGCUUACCACGCGGUCUCUCAGGGUAUAUAUUUCGUUUCGUUUGCUUAAAAUACCCGGAAGCGCGAAAAACCAUUCUCAUUGAAGUUAUCUGCAAAGGCGAUCUUGGACACCUGCAAUCUGCUCCAUGGAGUCGUUUCUCGUUGUGUGCAUGGUCCAUUUUCGCAGAACCCUUUGCGAUCAUAAAGACGGUGCGAUUUUUUUCCGGAGUAGUCACACAGAUCAUGUCAGUUCACUCGUUAGCGACCCUUUCUGACGGCAUUCUACUGGAAAGCGGCCCGAUACUGGAGGCAACGUAAUCUGGAGGCAACAUAAUCGAAAGCGUGGAGUAGGCCAGGUCUGAUAACAGUGCACUGUGCAUGUGCGUCCUCUCAAGGGUUUUAAUGCGAUAUAUAGCGAACAUACUAAACCUUGGCAUUUGGCAAUGUGUGGAAGUAUGUCAGUGGUGGAGCAACCUAAGCGAGGGGUGAGCGGGGGGGGGGGGGGGGGGUUGUUAGUGGAGCGACGGAACGCGGAAGGAGGAGCAGUAGAGUUGUGUGACGUAAGAGGCACGUGACAGGAGGAGCGGCGGCAGGUGUGUGACGGGCGCGCUGAAUAGCGCAACGCUCUCCUUCACGCUGCGCUGUAUGGAGCUGGUUAUAAUAAAGUGAUGCGGAUGGGGGGAAUGACCGAAUUACGGGACGUCAUAUUGCUAUGGCAUUUCAGUCUCUAAAAUGUAGCAUUUGUAUCUGUGUUUCUUUGUUUUUCUUUUGGAAUACUGCUUUUCGCUGUAGCUGGUUAGUGUUUUAAUGCUAGAUAGUUUUUACUGACUUGGAUGGAGGCGGUGGGCGCUCCUGUGACGUUCGCAUCGAAGUCGUCAACUACAAACAACGAAUCACUGCUCGCUUCCUUGUGCCGCUGAUGUCAAUGUGCCUAUACAAUAUGCGUGCCUCGCGAUACUCGAAGUCCUCCACAGGUUUGCGAUGUACCUUUGUAUAUAAAAUAAAUAAUACAAAUGUUAAAGAAUGCGCAGAACUGAAAUAAAGCAUAUUUGAGUGUU